UCAUACGACCAAUGGCCCUCCCUGACAUCAAACAUGCACACGAUGACGUCUGUUGUUGGCUUCACUCUCGUCUCCCACUCGCCCUUCUUCUCAUCACCUUGUGGUGUGUAUUGGUCGCGGACGUCCCGUUUUUCCGCCGCAUAUAGAUGCUCCACACAAACGACCCGAUUCGCCACGAAACCGUCACCAGAGUGAAGAAGGCAGACACGACAAAGAUUAUCGGGUUGAUGGCCACCGUCGCCCACACGAUCGUCAGCACCAAGAUGGGCACUUCGAGCAGGGCAAAGGCCACAAUCCAGAUGUGUUGGCAUAGCGAUGGAAAGCCACGGAUGCCAUAGUGAAUGAACAGCGACACGAAGUCAGCCAGCGAUAGGACCAU